CGAAGGAGCCGGUGUAGCUAUUAGAGAAAAAAUCUGUGGUCAUCGAGCUUAUUCCGCGAUGGAUAAGAUCGUUUUGUGUUUAUUUAUUGUCUCUGCAUUUGCAUCUGUAUGGUGCAAAGCUGGACAAGAUUCCAUUGACUCUGGUUUGGUCGUGAGUAAAGUCGAUCGUAAGAUAGAUGCAGCGACUCAUCUUGUAAAAGUUUCGGCGUCACUCACAGUUGAAAAUAACGGAAAUUCUGCUGUAAAAUCAUUUUUAUACGUCAUUGAUGACUCUCUUAAGGACCAUUUAUCGUUCUUCGGAGCAACGUUGUCAGAUGAUGAUGAAAAAUUAGUGGUUGCACAAACAUCGGUUGCAGGUCACAAUGGAAAACAGUUCUGGAGAAUAAAUCUACGUGCUGACCUAGGAGUGGGGAAGAUGGUGAAGGUAGAUGUUGAGACAGUGUUUGCUCAUGCGCUGCGUCCAUACCCCUUAGAAAUUACCCAGAGUGAAAAACAGCAGGUGAUACUGGAAGGAAAUGUUUACUUUUAUUCACCCUAUGUCACCAAGAGCCAGACAACUGUUGUGACUGUGUCAACCACUGCCAUAGAAUCCUACAGCAAAUCACCAAAGCCUGUCUCGGAAAGUGACAAAACCAUCACAUAUGGACCUUAUGAAAAGCGUGAACCUUUUACACAGGCUGAGCUGAAAGUACACUUUGAAAGCAGUGCACCUUUCCUCGCUGUCACAAGCAUGGAGCGUAUCAUUGAGGUAUCUCACUGGGGUAAUAUUGCUGUGGAGGAGCACAUUGAUCUGCGUCAUUCUGGGGCCAAACUUAAGGGACCUUUCUCUCGCUAUGAUUACCAAAGAAGUCAGGAUGGUGUUUCCUCUGUGAAAGCCUUCAAGACUGUUUUGCCAGCUUCUGCCAAAGAUGUGUACUACAGGGAUGAAAUUGGCAACAUCUCAACCAGCAACCUAAAGGAGCUUGAUGACAUGGUAGAGCUUGAACUAAGACCCCGCUUUCCUUUGUUUGGAGGAUGGAAAACACAUUACUACAUCGGUUAUAAUGUACCUAGCUACCAGUAUCUUUACAAUGAUGGUGACCAGUAUGCUUUGAAAAUGCGAUUUGUAGACCAUGUUUUUGAUGAUCUCUUGGUGGACCAGAUCACUGUUAAAAUCAUCCUUCCAGAGGGUGCAAAGAACAUGAUGCUGAGCACUCCGUAUGAUGUUGUAAGGGGAGAUAACCAACUGCAUUACACUUACCUUGACACUAUGGGACGACCUGUGAUUGUAGCAUACAAAAGUAACCUGGUAGACCAGCACAUUCAAGACUUUGAGCUGAGGUACACCUUCAAGAGGAUCAUGCUGCUUCAGGAACCACUGCUAGUUGUUGGUGCCUUCUACCUCUUGUUCCUCAUUGUUAUCAUCUAUGUAAGAUUGGACUUCUCCAUUACCAAGGAUGAAGCCAAGGAGAGUAAGAUGCGAGUGGCUAGCUUGGUGGAGGAUGUGCAGAGUGCCCAGGACAAGCGGAGUGCCCUCUAUCAGAGCUAUGAUGAUGCUAUUAAUAAGUACAAGAGUACUAAGGAAGCUGCCAACUUUUCUACAAGUAGAAAGAAAAUAGAUGGAGACUACCGUCAGCUCACUCAGCAGAUACAAGUACUCCAGGGUCAACUCAAGACUGAGGGGUCAGAUCUAGCUGAUAAGGUGGCUGAACUUCAAAAACUGGACAGCCAGUACAAGGACCAGAUACAGCAGGCCAUCAAUGCUGCUGAAAAGCUUGUUCAAGGCAAGAUGAAUAAGCAAGUCUACAUAGAUUCAGAAAAAGCUAACACCACUAAACGUGAGGAUCUCUAUAAUAAAAUGGAAAGUCUAAGAAAUGGGCUUUAAUUUGAUUGCCUCAACUUCUGUGCUAAUCGUUUCCAGUAUUGGCAUUUAUAGUACACUGAAAGUGUCGUGGAGUAACAUAUUUAAAUAUUUGAUGUACAUUUUUCAUCCAAUCUCAACUUGUACAUUAUUUGCUGAAAUAAAACAUUGUAUUUUUA